AUGUCACCCUUGCCAGACAACAUCAACAUGUGUAACGGGUAUCAGCCCCGGACUCGAGAUGUUCAGGGGGAUGGAUACUACCAUCCCUCCGAGGGUGAAUACGGCACAGUCGAUCACUCAACCGGGUUCACCUGGUGGUCGAACCCUGCGGACGCGAGAGAGCGCACUGCGGUCUUCGGGAUAGUGACCGGCGUUCUCGUUCAAUGGCUUAAGCUGAUCGGCGAUCAUGGUGUAUCUUCAGACAUGAAGCGGAAUGGGGGCCAUUUUCUCUCUGUCUGA